AACUAUCUUCACUUCCCUCCCUCUCUCUCACUAUUUAUUACAAAAAAAAAAAACAGUAUUCAGAUUUGGAUUUUGGACUAUCACACACUAUGCUCAUUUGCUAAUUUUCACCUACAAUUCUUGGUACCAUUUAUGCUUCAUACAACCCCCCCUAUCUAAUUCAAGAAUUCCCUCACUUCCAUUUCUUUUCUCUAAAGAUUGCAGCUUUUUGCCAUUUACCCGAAAAGAUAGUGCAAUAUGUCAGAAUCUCAAAGGAGGCCAGCAGUGAUAGGCAUAAAAAAUGGCGAUGGAUAUAUUAAUGGUGCGCUUCCACUGAGGUCUCCAAUUGCUAGAUCGGAAGUUGCUGAGUUCUGUAAUGCCCUUGGCGGGAAGCAGCAUAUUCAUAGUAUCUUAAUUGCAAACAAUGGAAUGGCUGCGGUCAAAUUUAUACGUAGUAUUAGGACGUGGGCUUAUGAGACAUUUGGCACAGAGAAGGCAAUAUUGUUGGUGGCAAUGGCUACACCUGAGGACAUGCGAAUAAAUGCGGAGCACAUUAGAAUAGCUGAUCAGUUUGUAGAAGUUCCUGGUGGGACAAAUAACAACAAUUAUGCCAAUGUGCAGCUCAUUGUUGAGAUGGCGGAGAUAACUCAUGUUGAUGCAGUUUGGCCUGGUUGGGGUCAUGCAUCUGAAAACCCUGAACUACCUGAUGCAUUGUGUGCAAAGGGGAUCGUAUUCCUUGGCCCACCUGCUACAUCAAUGGCAGCACUUGGGGACAAAGUAGGCUCAUCAUUGAUUGCUCAAGCUGCACAAGUACCAACUCUCCCAUGGAGUGGCUCCCACGUCAAAAUUCCUCCAGAGAGCUGCUUGGUCUCUAUACCAGAUGAAAUAUAUUCCAAAGCAUGUGUUUAUACAACGGAAGAAGCAAUUGCUAGUUGUCAAGAUGUAGGUUACCCGGCGAUGAUUAAAGCAUCGUGGGGAGGUGGUGGUAAAGGCAUAAGAAAGGUUCACAAUGAUGAAGAAGUUAGAGCACUGUUCAAGCAAGUUCAGGGUGAAGUACCUGGCUCCCCCAUAUUUAUAAUGAAAGUUGCUUCCCAGAGUCGACAUCUAGAAGUCCAGUUGCUUUGUGAUCAAUAUGGCAAUGUUGCAGCCUUGCACAGCCGUGAUUGCAGUGUUCAAAGGCGUCACCAAAAGAUUAUUGAAGAGGGGCCAAUAACAAUUGCUUCUCCAGAGACGGUGAAAAAACUUGAGCAGGCUGCUAGAAGACUGGCCAAAUCUGUCAAUUAUGUUGGAGCUGCCACUGUUGAGUACCUUUAUAGUAUGGAUACGGGGGAGUACUAUUUCUUAGAACUCAACCCACGGUUACAGGUGGAACACCCCGUAACUGAAUGGAUUGCAGAAAUGAAUCUGCCAGCAGCCCAAGUUGCUGUCGGAAUGGGGAUCCCAUUGUGGCAAAUUCCAGAAAUAAGACGAUUCUACGGGAUGGAACAUGGUGGAGGAUAUGACGCUUGGAGAAAAACAUCAAUUGUUGCCACACCGUUUGAUUUCGACAAGGCUGAAUCAACAAGGCCAAAAGGUCAUUGUGUGGCUGUUCGUGUUACAAGUGAGGAUCCUGAUGAUGGUUUUAAGCCUACCAGUGGUAAAGUACAGGAGCUGAGUUUUAAAAGCAAGCCGAAUGUGUGGGCCUACUUCUCUGUAAAGUCUGGUGGAGGCAUUCAUGAGUUUUCAGAUUCUCAGUUUGGACAUAUUUUUGCAUUUGGAGAAUCCAGAGCCCUAGCCAUUGCAAACAUGGUCCUCGGACUGAAGGAAAUUCAGAUACGCGGAGAAAUUCGCACAAAUGUUGAUUACACAAUUGAUCUAUUACAUGCUUCCGAUUAUAGAGAGAACAAAAUACACACAGGCUGGUUGGAUAGUAGAAUCGCUAUGAGGGUUAGAGCAGAAAGACCUCCUUGGUAUCUUUCUGUGGUUGGAGGAGCUCUUUAUAAAGCAUCUGCAAGUGGUGCAGCAUUGGUUUCUGAAUAUGUUGGUUAUCUUGAAAAAGGACAAAUCCCGCCCAAGCAUAUAUCUCUUGUGAACUCUCAAGUCUCACUUAAUAUUGAAGGGAGCAAGUACACUAUUAAUAUGGUGAAGGGAGGGCCAGGAAGCUAUAGGUUGAGGAUGAACGACUCAGAGAUUGAAGCAGAAAUACAUACUCUACGUGAUGGAGGACUACUGAUGCAGCUGAACGGAAAUAGUCAUGUUAUAUAUGCUGAGGAGGAAGCAGCUGGAACUCGUCUUCUCAUUGAUGGAAGGACUUGCUUGCUGCAGAAUGAUCAUGAUCCAUCCAAGCUAGUGGCAGAGACACCGUGCAAACUUUUGAGAUAUUUGAUAUCUGAUGGCAGUCAUGUUGAUGCUGAUACACCUUAUGCAGAGGUUGAGGUUAUGAAGAUGUGCAUGCCCCUUCUUUCACCUGCUUCAGGAGUUAUCCAUUUUAAGAUGUCUGAUGGUCAAGCAAUGCAGGCUGGUGAGCUCAUAGCAUCUCUUGAUUUAGAUGACCCUUCAGCUGUUAGAAAAGCAGAGCCUUUUCUUGGAAGUUUUCCGCUUCUGGGACCUCCAACUGCUAUAUCCGGAAAAGUUCAUCAGAGGUGUGCUGCAAGUCAGAAUGCAGCAAGGAUGAUUCUUGCUGGAUAUGAGCAUAAUGUCGAUGAAGUGAUUCAAAACCUGCUAAGUUGCCUGGAUAGUCCUGAGCUUCCCUUCCUGCAGUGGCAAGAGUGCUUAGCAGUGCUGGCAACACGACUUCCUAAGGACCUGAGGAAUGAGUUGGAAGCAAAAUAUAAGGAGUAUGAGGGCUUGCAAAAUGUUGAAUUUCCAGCCAGAAUUCUGAGAGGCGUUCUUGAAGCACACUUAAGGUCGUGCUCUGAUAAAGAAAGGGGAGCUCAAGAAAGAUUAGUUGAACCUUUAUUGAGUGUUGUCAAGUCCUACGAGGGUGGAAGAGAGAGUCAUGCCCGUGGAAUUGUCCACUCCCUUUUUGAAGAGUAUCUAUCUGUUGAAGAAUUGUUCAGUGACAACAUCCAGGCUGAUGUAAUUGAACGCCUCCGACUUCAAUACAAGAAAGAUCUCCUGAAGGUUGUUGACAUUGUGCUUUCUCACCAGGGUGUUAGGCGUAAAAAUAAGCUUAUACUUAGUCUGAUGGAGCAGUUGGUAUAUCCAAAUCCAGCAGCAUACAGGGAUAAACUUAUCCGUUUUUCAGCACUCAACCAUACGAAUUAUUCUGAGUUGGCACUGAAGGCAAGUCAACUUCUAGAGCAAACUAAACUGAGUGAACUACGUUCAAGCAUUGCGAGAAGUCUUUCUGAGUUAGAGAUGUUCACUGAAGAAGGUGACAAUAUGGAUACACCUAAGCGGAAAAGUGCCAUCAACGAAAGAAUGGAAGUUCUAGUAAGUGCUCCGUUAGCUGUCGAAGAUGCACUUGUAGGUCUUUUUGAUCACAGUGAUCACACCCUUCAGAGGAGGGUUGUGGAGACUUAUGUUCGAAGACUAUAUCAGCCCUACCUUGUUAAGGAGAGUGUGAGGAUGCAGUGGCACAGAUUUGGACUAAUAGUUACAUGGGAGUUCUUAGAAGAACAUGUGGAGAGAAAGAAUGGGCCUGAAGACAAUAAGAUGGAUAAACCAUUAGUUGAAAAACGCAGCGAAAGAAAAUGGGGAGCCAUGGUAAUAAUCAAAUCUCUCCAACUCUUGCCAUCAGUAUUAACUGCUGCAUUGAGGGAAACAGCACACAACUUGCACAAAGAGAUGUCAAAUGGAUCCGUUCAACCAACCAAUCAUGGCAACAUGCUGCAUAUUGCAUUGGUGGGCAUCAACAAUCAAAUGAGUUUGCUUCAGGAUAGUGGCGAUGAAGAUCAGGCUCAAGAAAGGAUCAACAAGUUAGCUAAAAUAUUAAGAGAGAAAGAUGUGAGCACCAGCCUUAAAAGUGCAGGUGUUGGGGUUAUCAGCUGCAUCAUACAGAGAGAUGAAGGCCGAGGUCCAAUGAGGCACUCCUUUCACUGGUCACUUGUGAAGCUGUAUUAUGAGGAGGAGCCUCUGUUGCGUCAUCUGGAGCCUCCGCUAUCCAUUUACCUUGAAUUGGACAAGCUUAAGGGCUAUGAUAACAUAAAGUACACUCCAUCCCGGGACCGUCAAUGGCAUCUUUAUUCUGUUGUAGACAAGCCACCUCCAAUCCAGAGGAUGUUUCUCAGAACACUUGUAAGACAACCCACAUCAGAUGAAGGUCUACUAGCAUAUCAAGGAUUGGAUCGGGGAACCGCUCCAUCUCCUUUGGCUUUGUCUUUUACUUCAAGGAGCAUCUUGAGGUCCUUAACAUCUGCCCUGGAGGAGCUUGAACUUAAUCUCCAUAGUACAACAUUAAAAUCUGACCAUGCUCAUAUGUACUUGUACAUUUUGCGUGAGCAACAGAUAGAUGAUCUAUUUCCCUAUCAUAAGAGGGCAGACCUAAACAUUGAGCACGAAGAAGGUGCUGUUCAUAAAAUCUUGAAAGAGUUGGCUUGUGAAAUUAAUGCAUCUGUUGGUGUUAGGAUGCAUAGGUUAGGUGUAUGUGAGUGGGAAGUGAAACUCUGGAUAUCAUCUGCAGGAGAAGCCAAUGGUGCUUGGAGGGUUGUGGUUGCAAAUGUGACAGGGCACACCUGCAUUGUGCAUAUCUAUCGGGAAGUUGAGAAUGUGUCUGAACAAAGAGCGGUCUAUCAUUCAACCUCCGGGGAUGGUCCUUUACAUGGUGUACCUGUUACUGCACCUUAUCCAUCAUUGGGGGUGCUUGACCAGAAACGGCUUUUGGCCCGGAAGAGUAACACCACUUACUGCUACGAUUUCCCACUGGCCUUUGAAGCCGUGUUGGAGAAGUCUUGGGCCACUGAGGCUCCACUAAUAGAGUGGCCUAAGGGUAAGAUCCUCUUGAAAGCCACAGAGUUAGCUUUUCCUGACCAAAAAGCUAGUUGGGGUACUCCUCUUGUCCCUGUGGAGCGUCAGCCUGGCCACAAUGACGUCGGUAUGGUGGCAUGGGUUAUAGAAAUGUCUACUCCUGAGUUCCCAACAGGAAGGAAAAUAAUUAUUGUAGCAAAUGACGUGACUUUCAGAAAUGGAUCUUUUGGUCCGAGAGAGGAUGCGUUUUUCCAAGCUGUGACUGAUGUUGCUUGCACCCAGAAGUUGCCACUUAUUUAUUUGGCAGCAAAUUCAGGGGCUCGUAUUGGUGCUGCAGAGGAGGUCAAAUCUUGCUUUAAAGUUGGGUGGUCAGAUGAGUUGAGCCCUGAGCGGGGUUUUCAGUAUGUUUACUUGACUCCUGAGGAUCAUGAACGAAUGAAAUCUUCUGUCAUUGCUCAUGAACUGAAGUUGUCAGAUGGAGAGAUCCGAUGGGUUAUAGAUACUAUAAUAGGAAAAGAGGAUGGCCUCGGAGUUGAGAACUUAAGUGGUAGUGGAGCCAUUGCCAGUGCAUAUUCGCGGGCAUACCAUGAAACAUUUACCUUGACAUACGUAACCGGCAGAACUGUGGGCAUAGGUGCUUAUCUUGCUCGUCUUGGCAUGCGGUGUAUACAGAGGCUCGAUCAGCCUAUAAUUCUGACUGGUUAUUCUGCACUUAACAAACUUUUG